AUGUUCCUUAGAAAGGAAAAAAGCCACUCCAUUUUCUCACUCUGCUGCUGAAGCUCAAAAGGUGAGCAAAUAGAAAUUUAUACUAUAUUGGGGAUUCAGUUUCCAAAAGAUAUGUGGUAGUGCAAUAGACGUUUGAAAAUUGCAAAGAAUUUGCGAUGGUAUAUUCCCAGAGAAGUAGGAGAUCCUGGAGCCUGCCGCUCUCGCUUCUGCUCCUCGCAGCCUGGGAGGCCGGGAGUGGCCAGAUUCACUACUCGGUCCCCGAGGAGGCCAAACACGGCACCUUCGUGGGCCGCAUCGCCCAGGACCUGGGGCUGGAGCUGGCCGAGCUGGUGCCGCGCCUGUUCCGGAUGGCGUCCAAAGGCGGCGGGGACCUUCUGGAGGUAAACCUGCAGAAUGGCAUUUUGUUUGUGAAUUCUCGGAUCGACCGGGAGGAGCUGUGCGGGCGGAGCCUGGAGUGCAGCAUCCACCUAGAGGUGAUCGUGGAGCGGCCGCUGCAGGUGUUCCACGUGGAGGUGGAGGUGAAGGACAUUAACGACAACCCGCCCAGGUUCUUGCGACAGGAACAAACACUCUUUAUUUUAGAGUCAAGAGUAGCGGAUUCCCGGUUUCCGCUAGAGGGCGCAUCUGAUAUGGAUAUCGGAAGAAACGCAGACUUGAGAUACAAGUUACAAGCUAAUGAAUAUUUUGACGUGGAUGUUAAAACAAAUGACGAGGAAACCCACUUUUUAGAGCUAGUUUUGAAGAAACCAGUAGAUAGGGAAGAAACGCAAGAACAUCGUUUAUUGCUGAUUGCAAUUGAUGGAGGAAAACCUGAACUAACAGGUACAGUCCAGUUAUUGAUCAAUGUGUUGGAUGCGAACGAUAAUGCCCCAGAGUUUGAUAAAUCAAUUUAUAAUGUCAGAUUACUGGAAAAUGCACCGAAUGGGACAUUAGUUAUUAAACUGAAUGCCUCAGAUGCGGAUGAGGGCAUUAAUAAGGAAAUAGUGUACCUCUUUAGUAAUCUCGUUCUUGACAAUGUAAAAUCUAAAUUCGCAAUCCAUGCUAAUAGUGGAGAAAUAACAGUUAAGGGAAAACUGGAUUACGAAGACUGUAAUUUAUAUGAAAUUAAUAUUGAUGCUGUUGAUAAAAGUCCAUUCCCAUUAACUGGACACUGUAAAGUAAUAGUAAAACUCCUAGACGAGAAUGAUAAUAACCCAGAGAUAGUCAUAACUUCCCUGUCUCUGCCUGUGCAAGAGGACACACCCCCGGGUACUGUCAUCGCCCUGAUCAGUUUGUCCGACCGUGACUCGGGUGCCAAUGGGCAGGUGACCUGCUCGCUGACGCCCCACAGCCCCUUCAAGCUGGUGUCCACCUUCAAGAAUUACUAUUCGCUGGUGCUGGACGGCACCUUGGACCGCGAGAGCGUGGCGAGCUACGAGCUGGUGGUGACCGCGCGGGACGGCGGCUCGCCUUCGCUGUGGGCCACGGCCAGCGUGUCGGUGGAGGUGGGCGACGUGAACGACAACGCGCCGGUGUUCGCGCAGCCCGAGUACACGGUGUUCGUGAAGGAGAACAACGCGCCCGGCUGCCACAUCUUCACGGUGUCGGCGCGCGACGCGGACGCGCAGGAGAACGCGCGGGUGGCCUACUCGCUGGUGGAGCGGCGGGUGGGCGAGCGCGCGCUGUCGAGCUACGUGUCGGUGCACGCGGAGAGCGGCAAGGUGUUCGCGCUGCAGCCGCUGGACCGCGAGGAGCUGGAGCUGCUGCAGGUCGGGGUGAGCGCGCGCGACGCGGGCGCGCCGCCUCUGGGCAGCAACGUGACGCUGCAGGUGUUCGUGCUGGACGAGAACGACAACGCGCCGGCGCUGCUGCCGCCGCCGCCGCCGUCGCCUUGGGCGCCGCCCGGGUGGCCCGGGGGCGCGGGCGGCGGGGCGGGCGUGGUGAGCCAGCGGGUGGCGCGGUGGGUGGGCGCGGGCCAGGUGGUGGCGAAGGUGCGCGCGGUGGACGCGGACUCGGGCUACAACGCGUGGCUGUCGUACGAGCUGCAGGAGGCGGCGUCGGGGGGCGCGCGGAGCGCGUUCCGCGUGGGGCUGUACACGGGCGAGAUCAGCACGACGCGCGCCCUGGACGAGGCGGACGCGGCGCGCCAGCGCCUGCUGGUGCUGGUGAAGGACCACGGCGAGCCGGCGCUGACGGCCACGGCCACCGUGCUGCUGUGGCUGGAGGACGGCGGCCCGGCGCCCAAGGCGUCCUCGCGGCGGGUGGUGGGCCCCGCGGCGGCGGAGGCGGCGCUGGUGGACGUGCACGUGUACCUGGUGGUGGCGAUCUGCGCGGUGUCGAGCCUGCUGGUGCUGACGCUGCUGGUGUACACGGCGCUGCGGUGCUCGGCGCCGCGCGGCGAGGGCGCGUGCGUGCCCGGGCAGGCGCGGCUGGUGUGCUCGAGCGCGGUGGGCAGCUGGUCUUCCUCUCCGCGGCGGCAGCGGCAGCAGGUGUGCUCUGGGGAGGGGCCGCCCAAGGCCGACCUCAUGGCCUUCAGCCCCAGCCUGCCUCAAGGUCCCAUCUCUACAGACACAGUGAGUCUCAAAAAAUCCUACCUCAGUUUUUACGUAGUUUGUUGGAGAUAA